AUCUGUAAUGUAGGUUGUAUCCACCCAAUAUCAAUCGUGAAGCUUGGAAAAUGCAGUGGUCGAAAACGAUUUAAGGAUAAAAUAAAUUUUGAUUUUUUCACCAGAAAAGUGUCCUUAUAAUUAUUAAAUAUUGGAAAUAGUGCUUACAUUAAAUACUCAUGUUAAUCAAUAGUGGAAAAAUUAUAGCUGCAAUAUAAUACUUUACGCUUUUGACGUAAGAAAAUUUUUUAAAUAUUUACACAAUUACGUGAUUAAUGUAUACGCAAACAAUAAAAAUGCCAGCGCAGAAGGAUGCCAAUAUUGUUAAAAUAGCAGUUGAAUUAAAAGAUCAAGUACCACAACUGAAAGAAUUCAACCAAAAACAGCCCCUGACAGUAAUUAUUCAGGAACUAUGCAAUGGUUGGGGUUUGCCAGAUCCAGAAUCAUAUUCACUACAAUUUUCUGAUAACAACAAUCAAAACUAUAUUACAGAUAAAAACAGAAAUGAAGUUAAAAAUGGAAGUAUCCUACGUUUAGAACAUUCACCUUCAAAAACUGCUGUAGAUAUCCUGGCUCUAUUAAACAAUGGCAUUUCAGAAGAUAAAAUAAUUGGAACUCUUGAAAAACUUAGUAGACUGAGCCGAGAUGUCACUUUUGCUAAUGAAUUUAUAGAUAAACAAGGAUUAUCUAUCAUAAUUUCCCAGGUUGAAGCAGAAAAAUAUAAAUCUGGUGCUUUGGCUUAUUGUCUACAGUCCUUUGUGGAAUUGAUGGAUCAUGGAAUUGUUUCAUGGGACAUUGUUGAAGCACCAUUUACUAAUAGAGUUGCUAGUUAUGUUAAUAAUCAAGCUACAGCUAUUGAUUCUAAUGUGGUGAAGGCAUCUUUAAAUAUUCUAGAAAGCAUUGUACUGAAUGCUAGUGGAAAAUGUAGUCAAGUUGAAAAAGAAGUAACAUUCCCAAAUCUCAUGAAGCAUUUGCAACAUAUGAAUCCACAAAUCCAGCAGAAUGCUAUAGCUUUAAUAAAUGCCCUUUUUUUGAAAGCAGAUAUGACGAAACGUCGGCAUAUUGCAUCUACUUUACAGUCAAAGCACAACAGAAAUGUUUUUCUUACUAAUAUUAUUCAAUCUACUGGACAAGUGGGGACAGAAAUGGCUCACCAGCUAUAUGUCCUUCAAACACUAAUGUUGAGCUUACUCGAGCAAAGAAUGAUGACUAAAAUGGAUAAUCAAGACCAGGAUGCUCAUGAUAAAAUCAAAGAACUUCGAAGAAUCGCUUUUGAUUCAGAGGGAGCCAGUAAUAGUGAUGUUACAGCCAGAAAACAAGGAUUAUUUGCUAAAGAUUAUAAAAAAUUAGGCUUUAAGUGUGAUAUAAAUCCUGCUCUAGAUUUUACAGAAACGCCUCCAGGCAUGUUAGCUCUUGACUGCAUGGUGUACUUUGCUCGAAAUCAUACAGAGAAUUAUACAAAAGUUGUCUUAGAAAACUCUUGCAGAGCUGAUGAGCAUGAAUGUCCUUUUGGGAGGACUAGUGUUGAGUUAGUCAAGCUACUAUGCGACGUUUUAAGGAUUGGCGAGGCACCUAGUGAACAAGGCCAAUCAUAUCAUCCAAUGUUUUUUACCCAUGAUCAUCCUUUUGAAGAAUUUUAUUGUGCUUGUAUUGUUUUAUUGAACAAAACGUGGAAAGAAAUGAGAGCUACAAUAGAAGAUUUUGUUAAAGUUUUUUCUGUAGUACGCGAACAAAUAACAAGAGCACUUGAUUCACGGCCAACAGGCUUAGACAAAUUUAAAAAUAAGUUGCAACAAUUGACCUACUCUCAUAUUACAAAUUUAUGGCAGCAAGAAAGAACCAACCGAGAAGAAUGGGAAAGCCAUGCUCGACCUAUUGUGGAAUUGAAAGAACAAAUAACUCCCGAUAUAAUGGCUCUUAUUCAACAACAGAGACUAGGAUUUUUGGUAGAAGGAACAAGAUUUACCAAAUAUAGCGCAAGAGGAAGAAUAAAGGAUAAAUUUUGGUAUGUCCGUUUAUCGCCAAAUCAUAAGGUCUUCCAUUAUGGGGAUUGUGAUGAAAAAUCGGUACCAAGUAUAGACGAACUACCAACGAAACUAGCGGUUGUAGAAAUUCGAAGCUUGGUUAUUGGCAGAGAUUGUCCUCACAUGAAAGAUUUGCAGCGGCGCAAAACUACUCAUCAGUUGGCUUUUUCUCUAAUUUUGGACUCUGUGGAUGUCGCAAGCUUGGAUUUUGUAGCUCCUGACGAACAAGUCUUUGACUACUGGACUGAUGGAAUCAAUGCUUUGCUCGGCAAUCGAAUGGCGAGUAAAGAAACUGAAAAAGACUUGGAUACUCUCUUAUCAAUGGAUAUUAAGCUGAGACUGCUGGAUACCGAAGGAAUCGACAUUCCCCAAGACCCACCACCAAUUCCUGAUCCUCCUCUAAACUAUGAUUUUUGUUACGAUGUUUAGAAUUCACAAU